AAUAAUUCAAAAGGUAAAGAUCAUAAUAAAGCAAGAAUUUAAGCAAGAAUGUUGUGUUUUGUUACAGCUAAAGAUCGGCUUUUUAAUGAUGUUGUCAUGGACAUGAAAAGAGAAGAAAUAAAGUUCCCUGGAACAAUGGCUAAUGCCGAGAUAAGCCGUUACAUGCUGGCACUCGUAGACACAUUGUGGUAUCUGGAUGGUACAAAAGAGAAAAUUCAAAGAAGAGCCCUGAACCAGUCUGGAUCCAUAACCCGUAUUCCAGAAAGGUUCAUGAACAAUUACAAUGGCUACAAUGACUACAAGAGAAAGAAAAUCAAGGCACCACAACUGGACUCCGCAUCACUAAAGACUCAUGUUGCAUGUUUGCAAACACUAAUGGAACAGAAAUUUGUAUCGUUGUGGGGGGACUAUGGCAAGGACCUAGAACAUCUAGCAGUAUCCAUGAGUGAGUAUGCCCAAUUCCUUGACCUUUCGUCAAAGGCUCAACAGGAUCGUCAGUCUCUGCCUCAUCCAGUCAGACAACUGGCAGAAAAUGUCCAAGUCCUGCACUUCAACAGAGGACCAAAAAAAACAAUGUACUCCCUAAUUGAGGACCUUGUGAACACCAAGGACUUUUACGAGCCAAUUAUUUUUGAUGAAUGCCUACAUGCAGCAUCACCAUUCAAGAACAGAACAGAAGCGGCACCGCUUUCUUGA